UAUGUGGAUUUAUAUUAGCCAUAGAAUUUCACAUUUUAUCCUUUGCUCAUUAGCGUUCUGCAACUUGCGCCAUGGCUGCUGCUGCUACUACCAUCGCAUGCAAGGUUUCAGUGCUUUUGAGCCUCUUCUCAGUUUGGUUUGUGUGUGUAAGUUCCGAUUCUCUUCCGAAUGUAGGGGCACUUCCCCCAACAUGCCAGCGCAUAGAAUGUCCCAGCUAUGAUCUCAUUCAAGUCGGAAAUGGCUACGAAAUCCGCCGCUACAAUUCACCCGUUUGGAUUUCCAACGCCCCCAUUCAAGACAUUUCUCUUGUUGAAGCCACAAGAACCGCCUUCUUCAGGCUAUUUGAUUAUAUUCAGGGAAAGAACAACUACAAGCAGAAAAUUGAGAUGACAGCACCUGUGAUCUCUGAAGUAUCACCCAGUGAUGGACCUUUCUGUGAGUCCUCAUUUGUUGUGAGCUUCUAUGUGCCGAAAGAGAACCAAGCAAACCCGCCCACUGCAAAGGGCCUUCAGGUUCAAAGAUGGAAGACUGUGUAUGUAGCAGUUAGACAGUUUGGUGGAUUUGUGAAAGAUUAUGAUGUUGGGGAGCAAGCUGCAGCCUUGAAGGCUAGUAUUGCUGGAACCAAGUGGGGUGCUGCAGUUGAGAAGAGCAAGAGUGCUGCUCAUACCUCUGUUUACACUGUUGCACAGUACAAUGCCCCUUUUGAAUAUGAUAAUAGAGUGAAUGAGAUAUGGUUCUUGUUUGACAUUGAAGAUGGACAACAAACCAUGUGAAAAUGUAUACCAGACAUCAGCUUUCAACAUGAAAGCAAUAUGCAGAGUGCAGACUGUUGUGUGAGGAGACCUUUAAUGGAUGAAUAAAGUGUUUCACAUUUAGCUAAAAACACUGUUUUCUGAUUGACUUGCUUUUGGUUCAUCAUAGCUAUAACUCUUGUUAACUUUUCAACAUGAAAGCAAUAUGCAGAGUGCAGACUGAUGUGUGAGGAGACCUUUAAUGGAUGAAUAAAGUGUUUCUCAUUUAGCUAAAA